AUGUCAAACGACCACAACCAGGCAUCUGAUAAGAUAAAGCGUCCCUCAGAAACUGGGACAGAGUCUACGUUCGGAGAAACACAAAACCACACACAUUCAGUUCCUGAAAAAUCACACGGACAAGCCACAAAUGGUAAAGACUAUUCGUCUGCAUCAUCCAUUUCAAGUGAAAAAGGAGACCCAGACAAUCCCAAACCGUACACUGAAAAUGACAUUGAGUUGGGUCCACUUCACAACUACAAUGAUAUCAUAGCACAUAAUCAAGGCGACAGGUUAUCCAGAAUUGAGAGCAAUCCAGCAUUGUCUCGCGAGUUGACAAGAAAAAUGUUGAACAUGCCGGAGUCGGUGCAAGGAGCAUACGAUGAGGAUGUCGCUCGUGCUUGGGGUGACAAGAGACCUUUCCCGCCACCACUCCCAGAUAAGGAUGCGUAUUGUGUUACAUUCACAGGACCAGAUGAUCCAUACAGUCCUAGAAACUACCCAGCUUCGAAAAAGUUUUUGUAUUGCUUCACUGCUGGGUUUUCCGCCAUGUACGUGUCAUUGGGAUCUGCCUACUUUUCGCAAGGUAACAAGGACGUUAUGGAGACUUACCAUGUCGGUGAGACUGUUGCUGCUUUGGCCACUUCACUUUAUGUCAUGGGUUUUGCUAUAGGACCGAUUGUCUAUGGCCCGUUGUCUGAAUUGUACGGCAGAAAGCCAAUCAUGGUGUUUUCAGCUCUUGGGUAUUCAGCGUUUUUGUUUGGAGUUGCUGCAGCCAAGGAUUUGCAAACCAUCAUGUUGUGUAGAUUUUUUGCUGGUUUCAUUGGAAGUGGCCCAUUCCCACUUGCGCCUGCAAUUAUGGUUGACUUGUUGGAAGAUAGACCCAGAAGUGUUGCUGUGAACAUCUUUGUCGGUACCAUUUUUGGUGCACCUAUGUUGGGCCCUAUCCUAGGUGGUUUCACAACAAAGAAUAGUGCCUUGGGAUGGAGAUGGAACUCGUAUUUUUCUGCAAUCAUUGGCUGCGUUGCAUUAAUUCUCAAUGUGUUUUGCUUAGAAGAGACCCACCACCCCAUUAUUCUCGCUAAAAGAGCAGAAGAGUUGAGAAGAAAAUCAGGUAACUGGGGUAUAUUUGCGCCCUACGAGGAGCUUAGUCUUAGUUUGAAGGAAAUUGCAAGAAACAGUCUUUUGAGACCAUGGGAGUUACUUUUUUUGGAGCCAAUUGUGCUUCUCAUGUGUCUUUACAAUGCAUUCAUCUACGGAAUGCUUUACUCCUUCUUGACAGUUAUACCACUCAUAUUUGAGGGAAGAUUCCAUUGGUCGCAAGGUGUGGCAGAAUUACCAUACAUUUCUAUGAUGAUUGGGGUUGCCAUUGCCGGUUUUGGGAUAAUCAUGUUUGAAAGAUGGUACAACAACAAGUUGGAUACAACAGAUGCAGCUUGGAAUCCGGAGUCUUGUCGAUUGCCGCCGGUGAUGGUUGGUGGGUUUAUUUUUGUGAUUGGUAUCUUUUGGCUCGGAUGGACUGGCGACUAUCCUGAGCAUAUCCAUUGGAUUGUUCCCGUGAUUGGUGCUUGCUUUGUUGGAAUUGGAUUGAUUUUGAUUUUCUUGCCAACAUUGAAUUACCUAAUCGAUUGCUAUGUACACGUACCAGCAUCCAUCUUGGCCGCAAACACUUUCAUGAGAGCUUCCUUUGGUGCUGCUUUCCCAUUAUUUGAUCAGCAAAUGUUUACCAACUUGACGAUCAAAUGGGCGGCUACAUUAAUCGGUUGCUUGGCGGCCUUGAUGAUUCCAGUGCCAUUCAUAUUCUACAAGUAUGGCGCUUAUAUCAGAAGCAAAUCGAAGUAUGCAUUGAAAUAG